CCCAGAUACAAAUAUUGAGCGACUCAAACAGCGCAUUAACAUUGGAUGAUGUUCGGCGAGUCCGUCGAUUGUACUGCAUUGCUAUUGAAACUACAGAAAAGAUCAAUUCUCUAUCAAUGCCUGUCAUAGCCUUCUAUUUCGUGAUCAGUAUCGUUGAAUCUCAUUUCGCUUUCGUUUACACAAUUGCAAAUCCAACUGGCUACGCUUUAUUAAUGUGUAUCGCUCAGGUUUGCUCCUUAUCUCUGGGUAUUUUUCACAUGAUUUAUAUUAAUCAUCUUGCGCUCAUAAUUUACGAACAAGUUUAUUCUUUUUCAUUUAAAACUGGUUCACUUAUUGUAAGCAAAGAGGUUCAAAUAUUUCUAACCCGAAUAUCGCGGGCAAAUGUUGGCUUGACUUUCUUGGACAUCUUUGUUAUCACUCCGACUUGCGCUACUUCACUGGCUACGAUAUCGUUGACUUUUGCUUUAGCAACACCAACACUGGCCAAUUAUAUCAAGUCUUAAUGUUUCACUUCAAUUUUGCAUUUCUUUACCUGAGCAAAAAUAUUUAGAAAAUUCAUGUUAUAAUCACGACAGUUUAACUGUAAUGGCUU